AUGAUAUCCGGUAUCGGGAGUUUAGCGAGGCUCAUCUUCAAGAACUUCGACGUACUCGCUGGACCUGUGAUUAGCUUGCUUUAUCCUCUAUACGCAUCAGUAAGGGCAAUAGAGUCGAGGACUCAUGGAGACGACAAGCAAUGGCUCACUUAUUGGGCUCUUUAUUCACUUAUCAAACUCUUUGAGCUCACUUUCUACAGACUCAUCGAAUGGAUCCCGCUAUGGCCAUACGCCAAGCUAGCCCUAACAUGUUGGUUGGUAUUACCGGGCAUGAGCGGCGCUUCUUAUCUUUACGAGAACUAUGUGCGCUCAUUCCUUUUAAGUCCACAUACUGUUAACGUGUGGUACGUGCCAGCUAAGAAGGACGAAGACGACUUAGCAACAGCUGCUGGGAGAUUCACUCCUGUGAAUGAUUCUGGCGAGGAGAAGCGUGUUAGCUCGGUGGACACAUCAGCCAAAUAUGUUGGUCACUCGGCCUUUGAUGAUACCUAUAUCUACUAG